AACCAUUAAUUAUUUCACUUAAUCAUCCAGUUUCUGAUCUCUUCACAGUCAAAAUCCAAAACUGUACAUCAAAUUAAAUUAAAAAUGGUUCGACAUCUUGUGCUUCUCUCUUGUCUCUUGUUGAUUCCAGCUGCUGUUGUCUUAGCAAAAAAUGGAGGUCUUAAUGAGCCAAUUCCUUUGAUACUUUGGGCUUCAUCCGAUCCAGCUGAAGACCAAGAAGCCGGCAGAAUAAAUCCAGUUAAAUUUUAUCAUUUUAUUGAAGAUAACCUAGAAGCAAUCAUGGAUUAUCACAAUCGAUCUGAUGCAGUUGGCAUAAGUCUUUACCUAGCCAAUCAUGGUGAAGAAUCUGGUACUGAAGGAACUCUUUGGGCUGCCGUUUUCGCCAAAAUUGCUUUCAAAAAGACCAUCGGUGAGACUGUAGAAAAGGAACAUGGUCUUCCUUCCCUGGUUGCCUGGGCCAUCACCAAUACUGGAACAGGAUCAAGCAAUCCUUCAAUUGACAGGUCAACUUUGGUUGAAUUCAUUUUAUACCAUAAAACUGCUAUUUUGAAACUCUUAUCUAAAGGUGACGUUGAUGGUCUGGUUGCUUAUCUUAAUGAAACCAAAUCAGAAUCUGGAACCAAAAAUCUUGACUGGAAAUCCGUUAUCGAAAACCUUAGAGACAAUCGUCAACUUUUCAAAUACUCAUGUGGGCUCUUCGGUCUCCAAUUGUGUGACAGAAUCAAAAAUUGAACCAGUUAUCCAUACAACGACAUUCAAAAACGGCGAAAUACCUCAAUUUUUUACUAAUUUAAAUGUAACUGUUCCAUCUUUCAGUUCUCGUCAAAGCUGCGUUAGUUUUAAUAACAAUCUUAUUUGCUGAUCUUA